UUAAUUUAAUUUAAUUAAUUCAAUUUAUAUGCCACCCCCUCCGAAGACUCAAAUUGAGAUUUUCAGGCUAGACCUGUCUUGGGUUGGCUGGAUUUGCUAAGUGGUUUGGAAGCUUGUCUUCAGGGCUGAAGACAGAGGAGAUAUUCUUUAAAUAAAAGAAGAUUUAUGUAGAAAACAACAGAAGAGAAACAGCUGCUUAAGGAACAAAAUCCCUACAGCAAGAACCGGUCAAACAUUAGAGAUGGAACAACUGAAUCCAUGCAGCGUUCUGGUGACUGGCUCCAAUCGUGGACUUGGCUUGGAGCUGAUCCGACAUCUGAUGGGCAAGAGCAACCCUCCAAAAUGGAUCUUUGCCACUUGCCGGGACCCGGCUGGAUCCGGUUCUCAGGACCUGAAGAAUUUGGCUGCUAAAAACCCGCAAAUUGUCAUCAUCACACUGGACACAACUGAUCCAUCCAGCGUCAAGGCUGCCGCAGCCAAUGUUACAAAAUGCCUAAAAGGGGCUGGAUUAAACCUCCUGAUUAAUAAUGCAGGGAUUAUAAAUAUGAGCAGUUUGGAGGAUGAAACACCAGAGAGCAUGGCUGAGACCUACAGAACCAAUGUGAUUGGGGCCAUGAUGGUCGUCCAGGCGUUCCUUCCUUUGCUGAGGAAAGCAGCUCAAGAAACCCCUCUGGAAGGCAUGAGCUGCAGCAAAGCGGGCAUCAUCAACAUUUCUAGCCAAGCAGGUUCCAUCACAAGCAUCUUUGAAUGGCAGUGGAGCCACGUCAUUGCUUAUCGCUGUAGUAAGUCUGCUCUGAAUAUGCUCUCUAAAUGCCAGUCCUUGUACGUUGCCAAAGAUGGGAUCUUGUGCGUUGCGUUGCAUCCUGGAUGGAUACAGACCGACAUGGCAAAAUCAAUGGGAUCACCUCCACUGACAACGGAGCAGAGUUUGCAGGCUAUUCUGAACACCCUUGGCCGUCUCUCUGAGAAAAAUACGGGCACAUUUGUUAACUGGGAAGGGAAUCUUAUUCCCUGGUGAAACAACCAAGAUUCUGCUAUUCCCCGUUGCAGGACGAUGUUCUCAUUGAAGGCAAUGCAAGUUUCUAUCGUCUGUCGGUGCUCACUCUAUCCUGCUCGGUUGCAUGUUCUCCAACUCUCCCUUACUUCAGUUUCUCUGUCUGGUACCCAUAAAACCUUGCUCAGCCAGGCUCUUUCACAUUACAGCUCCCAGUCAUCCAUCUGAAUAGUUCUAGGGUCAUUGGCAGCCAUCUGUAAAGCAGUGAUUUCUUACUGGAGAAUUUUCUUUCCAGAUCUCUGGUAUCUCUCUAAACCAGGGGUGUCAAACUCGAUUUCAUUGAGGGCCGCAUCAGGAUUGUGACCUUGGGGGGUGGGGGAUAAGGAGGACAUGGCCAGGGGGCAUGGCCAGCUUGACAUCAUUUGUGUCGAGGCCGCCUGUGGUGGCCCAAGCGCUCUGCCAGCUCCGUUUUCAGUUGUGCUCCAUUUUUGAGCUCCGUUUUCGGUUAUGAUAGCCUCCUGCAACCCUCUGCCAGCGAAAAUGAAGCUUGGGUGGGCUGCCCGCAGCCCUUGCAAGCUCCAUUUUCGCCUGUGAUGGCCUCCUGCAAUCCUCUGCCAGCAAAAACGGAGCUCCAUUUUCGCUGGCAGAGGCACUGCAGGCCAGUCCUUUGCUGUUUCCAGGGUGGCCCCAUGGACCAGAUCUAAGCACCCCGCGAGCUGGAUCUGGCCCUGGAGCAUUGAGUUUGACACCCCUGCUCUAAACCAUACAGUUAUGCCUACAAGAAUCAAAUCCUGUUCUCCAACUCCAUCUCUGGGGAAAUGGCUCUUCACUUGGACUGUGAAUUCUCUUGCAAAAAUGCCAUCUGGAACUUCCAAUACGUUGUUCUAUUUUUAAAAAAUAUUAUAAAUGAAAUAAUCGUGAAAUAAAUGAAAAUUGAGGACAAAUGGCUUAGGACUGGGGUAUAUACGAGACCGCCUGCUGCCAGCAACAGCCUCCCACCGGCCAAUACGCUCCCACAGAGAGGGGCUCCUCAGGGUAACGUUGGCCAGACAAUGCUGACUGGCGACACCCAGGGGGAGAGCCUUCUCUGUGGGGGCACCAGGCCUCUGGAAUGAGCUGCCUCUUGAGAUUCGUCUCACCCCCGACCUGCGUACCUUUUGCCACGCCUUGAAGACCCUCUUGUUCCAACAAGCUGGCCUGGCCUAAUAUGAAUUUUAGAAUGGGUGUAUGUGUGUUUUAACCUAUGGGCCAAAUUUUUAUAUAUUCAAUUUUAAAUUGUUUUAAAUUUUGUAUAUUUAUAUGUGUUUUAAUAUGGCUGUACACCGCCCUGAGUCCUUCGGGAGAAGGGCGGUAUAGAAAUCUAAUAAAUCAAAUCAAAUCAAAUCUCUCUUUUGUUAAUGAUACUAUAAAUUGUCAAGUCACUAGGACACGUGAUGGCCUCAAAAUUUGAGAUUCUCGGCAAGAGAUUUGUUGGGUCCCCAUGAAAGAUUGAGAUUUGUAAGCUACGAGCAACUUAUGAAUUCUGAUGAAUCCGAUUCUUUUCUAAAUGGCUUCUUGACAGGCAUAAGAAAAAUGCUGUUGAUAUCCAAUUGGUGCCGCGGCGAUCCAGUCAGGGAAAUGGCGGGGCUCUCACGAGCCCCGCGAAAACCCCGACUAUCGAGCUGCCACCAACAGGUCUGCGGACCUAUAUGAGUUUUUAAAUGUUUUGAAUGCUUAAAUGAAUUUUUGAAUUUUAAAAUAAAUAUGAAGAGAGAUGACUUUAAAGGAAAUUUACAAUCCAGGAGAAAAUAUGUGAGAAGAUAUCUGUUAAAAUAAUGUUGAGUUAAAAAUUGUGGGAGAAUGCGUUGAAAAAGCAACUUAUGUAAUAUGCUGUGAAUUAGUUAAAAUAAAACAGCUAAAAUAAUAGAAGUAGGCGUGGAGGAAAGCAUGCUGGUAUACCAGCUAAACAAGAGGUGGAGAUUUGGAGGAGAAUAUGCUGGAAAUCAGCCAAAAUAAAAUAUGCUGGAAAUCAACCAAAUAACAGUGGGAGAUUUGGAGGAGAAUAUGCUGGAAAUCAGCGAAAAUAAAACAUGCUGGAAAUCAGCCAAACAAAAGUUGGAGGUAUGGAGGAGAAUAUGCUGUAAACCAGCCAAAAUAAAAUAUGCUGGAAAUCAGCCAAACAAAUAGGAGGAGAUAUGGAGGAGGAUAUGGAUUUUGAGAUAAAUCUGUGUAAUAUGAAAUAUGUAAAAUUAAAGGUAAAUUGAUAAAGUUUAAGAUUUAAAGAUUUGAUGAAGGGGUCUAGAGAUUAAGAAAUAUGGAUAGAACUUUGAUCUAUAAAUUGAAAUAAAAAAUAGAGCUGUAGUCAAUUUGAAACUAAGAUGUGUGGUGAUAAAAUUGUAAGGUAAAUAAUCAACCAAGAGGUUAGAAUAUUUUUAAAAAUCUUAUGUUUUGAUAUUGAUGUUAAAAGGUGUAAUGAAGGGAGCUUGGGAAAGAACCAGAUAUAAUUGAAUUUAUAAAUGGAUAUAUAAAAUGAAUUAAGCUUCUAUUUGGAAAUUAAAUUGGUGGUGAUAUAAUAGAAUGGUUCUGAUCAACAUACUAGAAUCUAUAUAUUUUUUUUAAAAAAAAAUUCUUAUUAUGUUCUGAUCUUUAACUUUAAAAGAUGUAAUGGAAAAUUGUAAAUGAAACUUUUUAAUAUUUAAAUGAUUGUACCUAUCUAUGACCAGAUUGAGACUUUGCUCUUGAAACAUAUAUAUUAUAUGUUUUAUGUUGGAAAAAAAAUAAAAAAAUACUUUUCAAAAAAAAAAAAGAAAGAAAAAUGCUGUUUUGGGGUGACUUGACCCGUUACCACCUGAUGGUAAUGUUUGAGAACAUUGAUUGUGGUGUCUAUCAUAGCCAUCUUCUCUAAUAGGACUGAACACAUGAUCUUGUGGUGAUUCUGGCAAUUUCUUGGGGGCUUUUCCCAGGGGUAGAAGACAUUGAGCUAGAAACCAGGUGAGAGAGAAUUCUAGCCCUGCCUUGGGCAAGCAAACCGGCUGGGUGACUUUGGAUCGGUCACUCUCUUUCAGCUCAACUCAACUCAAAGAUUGUUAUUGGGCAAAUAGCAGGAGGAAGAAGUAAUAGAUAAGUUGAUCACGUCUAUUAAAAUAAUA